AGAAGGAAAGGGAAGCCAGUGAUGUGACUUUUGAAGGCCACAUCUGCUUUGACGACGCCUUCAGAGAUGUUCCCGGCAGUCGAGGGCGGCACAUCAACGAAUACGCAGAGAUGCUUGUGGAAAUUAUCAGAGAAGUUUACAGGUAAAAUAUGUGAAACUCUAAGAGUUCACUGAAAAGAAUGAAACGUGAUCUCUGCAAGUUUCAUAUGAAGCUGAAUUAUCUUAUAUCCUCUGUCAUUAGUAUCUUCAUGAACAUCGAUAAAGGCCUCUUUCAAGAGCAGCAGCAGAUCCCAGAUCAGAAGCUUGUGAGGACACCAUAUGGAGGGCGUGUGGUGAUCACCAUGCCUCAUGGCAACAGUCUGGUGAUUCACUUCAAGGACAAGCAACUUAUCCGCCACAAGAAGAGAUGGUCUCAGGUAAUGUACUUGUACUACCUCUUGGGCUGGAAAGUUGCGACCAAGUAUUACAAACGUUUGGAGAAAGCAGAGGAUGAGUCUGAACUGAUAAGAGAGUUUGAGGUGCGACAACAGAAAACACAUAAAGAGAAACACAGCACCUACCUCCUGGCUUUAGACGGGGACACAGACUUCCAGCCGGCUGCUGUGAUGCUACUCAUCGAUCGUCUGAGGAUGUACCCACUUGUUGGGGCAGCAUGUGGCAGGAUUCACCCCACUGGAUCAGGUCCCAUGGUUUGGUACCAGAAGUUUGAAUAUGCUGUGGGUCACUGGCUUCAAAAAACAGCAGAGCACGUGUUUGGCUGUGUGCUGUGCAGCCCCGGCUGCUUCAGUCUGUUUAGAGCAGCGGCGCUGAUGGACGACAACAUAAUGAAAAAAUACACCAUCAAGUCCUCAAAGGCUCGACACUACAUUCAGUACGACCAAGGUGAGGACCGCUGGCUCUGCACUCUGCUGCUGAAGCAGGGAUGGAGGGUGGAGUACAAUGCAGCUUCUGAUGCCUACACCAACGCACCUGAAGGGUUUAAGGAGUUUUACAACCAGCGCCGCCGAUGGGGACCAUCCACUAUGGCAAACACUGUGGACUUGCUGGGCUCCAGCACGCUGAUUACCCACAGGAACCCAUCCAUGUCCAAACCCUACAUGCUGUACCAGCUCUUCAGCAUGGCUUCAUCCAUCCUGGCACCCUCCACUGUCAUCCUCAUGAUCGCAGGAAGUUUGACUGUGCUGCUUGACAUUCAUCCCAAUGCUGCUCUGGUCAUGGCUGUGAUACCUCCUGCUAUCUUCCUCGGCGUCAGCUUCAAGAUCAAGUCAGACACUCAGAUUGUUAUUGCAGCAGUCAUGAGCAUCCUGUACGCCUUCCUCAUGAUGAUAGCAGCACUUGUCAUCAUUGGCAACAUGGUGAAAGAUCAAACCAUCCUGACUCCCAGCAGCAUCUUCCUCAUCACCCUCGCUGUCUUUUACCUCAUCACUGCACUCUUGCAUCCUCAGGAGGUCGGCCUGGUGAUAUACGGCUUACUUUACAUUCUCUGCAUCCCCAGCGCCUACCUUCUGCUGGCUAUUUACUCCAUGGUCAACAUGAACAAUGUGUCCUGGGGCACCAGGGAGACAGUGCCCCCUGCUGGGGCUGCCAGGCCUGCAGCCACCACCCAGCAGACUAAAACUGAGAAAGCUAAAAGCACAUUCAAAAAGUUCUUCUCACGAGGCAACUGCUGCAAAAAACUCUGCCGGAGGGGCAGUGCAGAGGAGGUGAUUUUCAGCCGGGAGAACCUGAGUGUGGAGGCAGCAGAGCCUGAACGUCAGCCCCAAAACACAAUUGUAGAGGAUGAAAGGAGGCCUCGGGAGGAACAGAGACAUGAGGAGCCUCUUUUCACCUGCCCAGACCAGUGUUGGGUCACACAGCUACAGGGUUUGUCAGAUGACAUGCUCCUGCAAGAGGGUACACUUGACCAGGAUGAGGAGCAGUUCUUCAGAGAGCUGACAGCAAAAUACCUGGAGCCUCUGCCUGUGAACAAAGAGAAACAGAAGGAAAUGACUGAGGAACUCAAGGAUCUGAGAAACAAGAUAACAUUUGUCUACUUCAUCUGCAACGCCCUCUGGCUCAUAAUGACCUUCACCCUCCAGCUCUCAAACACGUCCAUCUUCAUCAAGGUGCCGAAGGUCGACUACAACCUGCAGUUCACAGGAAACUACAUGUACAUCGACCCGCUGGGCUUCAUGUUCAUUGUGGCCUUCGCUCUCCUGGUUCUCAUCCAGUUCUUAGCCAUGCUGUACCACAGAAUCUACACUCUGAUCCAUUAUGUGGCCUUCCUGGACACAGAGUCCAAGUCUGAAAAACAAAAGCAAAAACAGCAAGUCGAAGAGGUAAAUACUCUAGUCAGCUCUACCACUGACUCAGCUGUAAAUGCUCUGAACACCCAAAUAUUUCCUGAGUGA